AUGGUGAGCACGCCGAUGAAUGUGUUGAUUAGGUUUCAGAUAACGGAGGACGCUGACCGCCAUGUGGUUGACGAGGCUGAGAAGAUGAUUAAUGAGCAGCUUGACGAAUGUAAAAAAAAUGCUGCAAAAUUUAAUGACACUUUAGACACUGAAACACAAAUGGAAAUACGUAAUAUCAUUAGUGAGCUUAAUCCCACAUUGUCGCUUAACGUUAAGAGUGCCUUAAAGGCGGUGAAGCAUGAGACUAGGAGGCUCGGUGAGCUGUCUGAGAAAGAAAAAACAGACUUACAAGCGGUGACUGCUAAAAUUACUGACGUCCUUGAAAGCGUUAAAGAAAGUGUGAAUUGCAAAAUCGACGAGAAAAUAAAGGCGCUAGCCGCUGAGUUGAAAAAGAAAGUCGAUGAUAUUUGGCAUCAGCUCAAGGGGAUUGACAGCUUGUUGAUUAAGUAUGUUAAGCAAUUAAAAAGUUGGAUGGAAGCAGCUAAAAGUUUUAUCAAGGAUCAUCCACAGCAAAAGGCUCAGCACAUAUUAAAGGAAGUGAAAUGGGAUGAAAAAAAUAAUCCGGAAGCGAAAAGGAACAAUAUUGAAAACGCUGCGAUAGAUCUGAAUACCAAGGCGCAGAAACUGUUGGACGCUGCUGAAAAAGCCAAGACAGAAGUUAAGAAAUUGGUGACUGAGGCACUGGAAGGUGUGAAAACGAUGGACGGCGAGCUGAAGGAGGAUUUGUAUAAGGUGAGGGGGGCGAUAAAAACGAAGGUGGAUGCUAUUACGGAGAGGAUUGGGGAGCUUGGGAAGCAGUUUGAAGGUUUAACCAGCGAUGACGAUCAGAAGAAGUUUGAUAAGAUUAUUGGAGAAAUUCAGGGAAAACUAGGAAAAAUUAAUGGAGGUUCAAGGAAUCCAACAGGUCUUGGUGGCAUUGAGGGUGGAGUGCAGGGGUAUUCAUGGAAUUUCAAAAAGGGCCAACAAGAGUUCGACAAAAUGGUUGAAUCGUGGAUAAAAGACAUUCUAGAUGAGAAUAGUGUGGUUAGGGCGUGGCUUGGAGAAUAUUUUAAGGAUACAUCUAAGUUUCAGUCACCAUAUAAUCAGUGGAAGAAGGAUGGAGAAAAUAAGGAGCGUACUAAGGAUAUUGCAGCCGCAAUUAGGGAUGCGCUUACGAAAAAUGUUAAGGGGGCAUUCGAAGCCUUCGACAAUCUGGACCCUCAAAAUAGAAUUCAAGAAAAUCUGCAACUUGUAAAAAAGACUUGCGAAACGUUUGCCAGUAAGCUUAAUGAGAAGAUUGAGGCAGAAGAAAUUAUUUACAGUGGUACCAACAAUUCGUUUAUUAAAAGCAUUGUAGACGCUAUUGCGCACCGUGUAUUAAAUGGGUAUGAUCCCAAACAUACAAAUAUGACUGAUAACAUCAAUCUCAAGCGCGCCGUAACGGCCACACUCAACGCCCUCCAUUGUUCCGCCAGGCAAGUUGCCAAGGCACUUCAGUCGUUCGCUCUCGAGCCUAGGGUGGGCAACAGCCAGCCUAAAAGCAAUAUCCUAGCCAAAAUAGAUGAGGCUAAGAGUAAGGCUGAGGAGCUGCACGGGGAAGUUAAAAAAGCGCUCGGCAUUGGCACCACGGACAACCACGCCAAAAACGUCGACGAUGCGAUCAAGGCGGUGAGCACUGAACUCAACAAGCAGUUGAAAGACGGACCAAGUGGCUCAAAUAAAGUUGACAUUCAAGGUUCCGAAGGUUUCGAAAAAUACAAACAGCAAGUCGACCAAGAUAAAAUUGACUCACUUGGCGACAACAUCGACAACCUUGAAGGCGCCCUUCCAGAGAAGAUCAAAAAUAUUAAAAAUACCGGCCUCUCCACUCUUAACAUCAUCAAUCCGGGCGCCAUUUCUAAUGGCGAUAAAAUAGAAAAGAAAACUUUCGAGGAUCAGUUGAAGAAAGUCACGCAAAAUCUCGACGCUCUUUGCCGGGAAGUCAAACUUGCAGCUGAAGACGUCAACGGGAGUUUGGAAGUUUUGAAGAAUGAUAAUAUCGACAAAAAACUUAAAGACAUUCAUGAUAAGCUAAACAUCCUGCAAACCAGCGAUUUGACCAAAGCCAUCAAGGCCACUGAGACAUUUCUUACUUUAGAACUCGGACUCUUCUCCAGCCGAUGCAUCGCCUCACUGGAAGGCGACGUCAGACAACAGAUCGAUGAUGCAAAAAAGCAACUGACCACCCAGGCUAAAAAGCUCUACGUCAACUCUAUUAAGGAGUUGUUGUUGGCAUUUGCCAGCAAAGUCAGCGAGGAACUAAGAAGGCUGCCGCGAGAAAUUGCCGGCGAUUUGGAGAUUGGCCACAAAGGAUUCAUGAAGAAGAUGGAAGAGAGAUUUAUUAAGACGGCUAAAAGAAUUGCAAACGUUUCGCCAACGCAAUCCCCUGCAGCGCUUCCCAAUCCGGGUUCACCGGAGAAAUCCAGGAACAGACCAAAAUCUCCGCUCAGCCAAGCGGCUAUGACAUUAAACACCGCAUUCAGACUCUUCUUCGAUGACCUGCAAAAUCAACCGGACUUCAAGUCCGACUACGAUAAUGUUGCGCCUUGCAGGGAUGCUCUCACAGCAUUGCUGAAUGGGAUUGUAGGUUCACUGCGCUUUAACCAUGACUUUAGUGUUAAUCUAGAAUUACUUAGCAAAUCACUCAGCGGCUUGAAUCCAGAAUCACACGGCGAAUGUGAGUGUCCUUUGCUGAUUAACGCUUUGCGAGCGGGCUUCCCGGCUUUGGUCACAGAGUUGGACAAGGCGUAUAUGAAUAAGUAUGACGGUGCGUCGAAGGAUUUCAAGUGGGAGGAAGGAGACAAAUUGACGGAUGAAGCUACGAAAUGUGCAAAACUGUUCCUAACUACGCUUCCCGUCCUUAACAACAACCUGAACAAAUUGACAAGAAAAUGUCAUGUUGAUAGCCGGAGAAAUUGGAGGGAGUCGCAAAUUAAUUUACGCGUUGACAAUCCACUUGGGAAAUUCUUAGCCGGCCAAGGCUAUGCGGUUUCCUCGGAUUAUGAGAGUCAGGACGGUGAGCUGCAAAACAAUGAUGCUAUGCGUGGACAGAAAAUUUAUGAACUUCUUGUCGGUUCUGCUGACAAACACGUGUACACUACACUAGACGAUAAAGCGGAUGAAGGCGCACUCAAUAAAUUCUGCAACUGCCUCCUCGACUUCUACAAAGCUUCCCACCUUAAACACAUUAACGCACCUACGUACCCUACCACCAUCAGUCACAUGCUUGAAUGGCUUUGUGGUCUCACCCAUCAUCCCGUCUACCAAUCACUAUCACUUGGUGGUUUUGCUGACUUAUUCGAAAAGCCUAAGGAGCAGGACACGGACAACGCUCCUUUGGUUGUAUCUUUUAACGACGAUCCCGACUCAUUGGACGCCUACCCAAGGAAGAUCACAGCUACAGGGCUCUCACAGACCCUUGUGGAAGUAUGUCACCUGGCCGAAGACACACUCAUCGCAAUCGUCGGACAUGGCCACGCAGACGGUGUAUAUGCGUGCGAUUACAACACGAACCGACAUGGUCUAUCGUAUCCUACGAACAUGAACACAUUAAUUUGUACGUUAUUCGACAUUCUCCAACGCCUGCACUGCCAGCUUUACUUCUUGUAUAAUCAAUGUUAUUACGGUGAUAUGUAUAACGGUUGGCGUGAGUGUUACUACGGCAACGGUGUCGGUGGCUCCAGUUGGAAGUGUAACGAUAAGCUGUGUGCUAACCAAACGUGUAACCUAAGCCCUAACCAACGCGCUGACCAAAGCGGUAACCUAAGUGCUAACCUAACACCUAACCAAAUAUGUGAGCACCCCAAGUGCGGCGUCAAAUCGCCUUUACAAUCGUUCCUAGAGGACGGUUUACAAGGCUUUUUGCCUCAUACUGUAUCCAGUAGGGGUAGCAGCUUGUCAUGUUCUAGUUGUUCUAAGCUGUCCCCUGGUGUGCCGUGUAGAACACCCAUGGGCUUUGUGGACAUUAGUACUCUGGCGUCUCAUACUAGUACGGGAGAGCGCAUCAUCAGAGCACUCCUUCGUUUCUGUGGAAUCAAUUCAUCACCACUAAGCAAUUUAUGCGCUCUACUAAACUGCGUCCUCCCUCGUCCACCGCAGAGCUUAGGUGCUAUGUUUGCCUUUUACUAUAACUUCAUUGCUCACUGGGGUCAGCCUGGAAACGCUGUAUUAACCAAUGCCGUUAGUGGAGCUAACUUCAAACGUAACGACGCAACCUUAGACAUUGCUCCGCUAUUCAAAAGCAGCGACCAUACGUCCGAGGAAGAAAUGACGCAUCGCACCGGUGACCUUUACACCCUUGUUAACUGCAAGAGUGAUUCAUCUUCUCCAACCCUUCCCUGUGGCCCAUAUCUGAGACCACAUUCUCGUGACAUCUGUAGCACAUUCGCCGAGAAGAAUGCCGACAAGUAUCUGUCGUGGAUUGUAUAUCUGACACAGACCUUUUAUGAUCUCCUUAAGACGUUGUAUAAGGAGUGUUGUGAAAUGUGCGACAAGAGAGGAACCACAUGUUAUCAAAAAUGCUGCGAUAAAAAAUGUGAAGUAAUAUACCCCGACGAAUCUAAGAAACAUACUGGGGAGUACGAGAAGGAAGUUGCUAAAUAUUGGACUGCAAGGCACAAUAGUGAAUGUAAAUCCAUUUUCAAAUGCUCCCACACUAUUAAAAUAUUCUCUAAAUAUGGAUUUUAUUUCGGUAGUCCAUCGAAAAUGAGCGGUAGUGAACAUGUAAAUUCCAAACGUACAUGUAGAGAUUUCUGUAAGGCAUUAGCAACGGUUCUCAACGAUGUCGAAGCAGAUGAAGCGCCGCUUGCAAAAUUAAUUUAUCGUACCAUUCCAGAAUUCCUAUGGCAGAUACGUCUCCCAUUCACAUACCUCUUACUAGCCCUCUGGUCGCUGUCGCUCCUGUACCUGCUGCACAUCGCCGUCGUCCGCCUCGACGUGCUGAGGAUACGCUCACACCUGAGAUCGCCCUCAAGCCACCGCAUCGCCGCGCAGUCCCUCCUCGCCGCCGCACGCGUCAAGGCACUCGCCAACGUCAAGUACUUCUCACCAUAA